UCCACCAAAAGCUUCAGUUAUAUCGCCGAUGUCACAAUCCGACGUCGUUAACUACCUCGCCUAAAAUUUUCAGGUGCCUUUCAUUCCCAUCUGUUCUCUCUCUCAAAUUUCUCACACUUGGUAGUUGGUACAAUCAUUUUGGAUUAAUAACAAUUUGUACACAAUCUGAAGCUCAAAAAUUGCAACGAGUUGCGAUUUUUCUCUGGCGAAAUUCGGGAUGACGAAUUAUUUAUGGCUCUAGUUGAAUCUUGAUAUGAAUUUUUGAGCUGGAAAUUUGGUUAACUGGAGUUUUUAGAUAGUGUAUGUGAUCUCAUGUUGAUUUCGGGCAGGACAGAUUUUUCUGCUGAUGCGAUGCAUGGAUUAUUGGCUGCAGUAAUUACUGCUGCUAUUUUUGGCGCAAUUGGAGCCGGUUGUGUGGCCGUACCAAGUACUAGUUGCUACGUCCUCGAUAACACCAGCCAUAUUUAUGAUUUUAGUACUUUGGUUGGACAACUUUUCGAGUAUGACGAUGAGAAGGAUCCAGAUUUGGUGGUACGGUUCUGUAAAGAUAUCGAGACUAGAUCCCAGCCGGGAUAUGUAGAUUUUGGAAGAUAUGAUAGUCUCAAUUAUUUUAUUGCCAGUGCUGGUCGUGGUAACUUUCUUCAGGAAUACUUUAAUGGUGACAUAAGGAACUGUGAGAAAACUUACGAUAAACUGGGACGCACGGCUCAGGUAAAUAUAAUAUGUGGAAGUUGUCCGAAUGGACAAUGUGUAGGUGGACUUGGAUGCAUCUGCAAUGUUACAUAUGAAUCUCCUUGCAGAGUACUCAUUGAUCUCGCCCUACCAUGUGUGAAGCCAGGCUUGCGUGUAUUUGAAGGCUUUACAGUUGGUUUUCAUCCACGGUCAUGGGAAGUUGUCUAUAAUGGCCUGACACAAGUGGGUUAUGAAAAGGUUUAUGAUGAAUUUAGCUUCAGCACUGAGCAAAGAGAUGUAACCCUAUACCUGACAGCAGUUGCUUCCCUCUCGAGUUUAGUGCAGAAACCCACAAUCAAGAUUUCUCCGAAGGAAGGAUUAAAUGUUAAGUUGUCUGGCUCAGGAGCAAAAGGCAGCCCACCAACUACUUUGUCUCCCACAAUGAUAACUGUAGAUUGGAGAUGUGUAAAGGCCCGAGACACACCUUAUGAAGUUGAUAUUACAAUCCCAGUAGAGAAUUAUGCUCCAGUUCAGUUUACUUUUGCAAAGUUAUGCGAGCACAGUCAGGACGAACGUGGCCAAUCUAUGCGAGGAUGGGGUAUAUUUGGAAUACUCUCAUGCAUAUUAAUCGUUGGUUUGACACUCUCAUGCGUGGGAGGUUUCAUUUAUAGGACGCGAGUGCAAAACCUGCGUGGGCUCGAUGCUGUCCCUGGCAUGGCUAUAUUAUCGGCAUGUUUGGAAACUGCAAGCGGAGGCGUGGGUGGACCUAGGUAUACACGCCCGGGCGACGCAAAUGAUCCUUUCGUAAAUCAAGCUACAUGGGAGGAGCAGUCAACUUCUACUCGUCGCACUACGCCAACGAGUGAAAGAACUUACGGGUCGAUCUGAUUCUGCAUCCAAAUUCUCUACCAUAAUUUCUUCUCCAGCUUAUUGCCUUCUUUUUAAGUAAUUAUUUGUUUCGAAGCACCCCAUUUUGUUUUAAUUUUAGGUUGCUAUUUCAGACUCUACAUACAAUGUCGAAUGGAACUAAUCUUAGUUGCAAAGAUGAUAGCAUUAUAGCAAAGGUAGAAUUCUUCAGUUUCGUGUGUACAUUUAUUCAUUUAAACUAAAUAUUUAUGCAAAUUACGCAAGUAAAGAUCAA